CGUGGCCGGGGCGGAGGCGUGGCCACGCGGCGGCGCGGUCUGUGGCUGGGACUCCGGCUUUGACACCGCGACGAGCCCGGGCGCAGGCGUGGGGUCGGGACGCGCUCCCUUGGACCUUGCGCCGAGUUUAGUGUAGGCCCUUUCGCCUGGGUGGCCUGGGGAAAGGUGGUUUGGAUACUCGAGGCAUGGGAGAGUUGGUGUUUGUCUGCAGCAACCUCAUCAGCCCCUAAGCUCCGCAUCUGCCAUUCUUCUGACCUAAUAAGCUCUUGCAGGCCUCUUCCCUGUGGUGGGGACACCUUCCUGGCCCUAAUCUUGGCUGACCAUGGGGAGCACCCUGGGCUGCCACCGCUCCAUCCCCAGGGACCCUUCUGACCUGUCCCACAGCCGCAAGUUCAGCGCAGCCUGCAACUUCAGCAAUAUCCUGGUGAACCAGGAGCGGCUCAACAUCAACACGGCCACAGAGGAAGAGCUGAUGACCCUGCCUGGGGUGACCCGGGCCGUGGCCCACAGCAUUGUGGAGUACAGAGAGUACAUUGGGGGCUUCAAGAAGGUAGAGGACCUGGCACUGGUCAGUGGCGUGGGUGCCACCAAACUGGAGCAGGUCAAGUUUGAGAUCUGCGUGAGCAGCAAGGGCAGCUCUGUGCAGCACUCUCCCAGCUCCCUGCGGCGGGACCUGCUGGCUGAGCAGCAGCCUCAUCACCUGGCCACUGCCGUGCCCCUCACGCCCCGUGUCAACAUCAACACGGCCACCCAGGCCCAGCUAAUGAGUGUUCGAGGCCUCACAGAGAAGAUGGCUCUCAGCAUCGUGGACUACCGCCGGGAGCACGGCCCCUUCCGAAGUAUAGAGGACCUGGUGAGGAUGGAUGGUAUCAACGCUGCCUUUCUGGACAGGAUACGGCACCAGGUGUUUGCCGAGCGGUCCAGGCCCCCAUCCACCCACACCAACGGGGGCCUGACCUUCACUGCCAAGCCUCACCCCAGCCCCACCUCACUGAGCCUGCAGAGUGAGGACUUGGACCUGCCACCAGGGGGGCCCACGCAGAUCAUCUCCACACGGCCCUCAGUGGAGGCCUUUGGUGGCACGAGGGAUGGGCAGCCAGUGCUGAGGCUGGCCACCUGGAACUUGCAGGGCUGCUCUGUGGAGAAGGCCAACAACCCCGGUGUGCGAGAGGUGGUGUGCAUGACACUCUUGGAAAACAGCAUCAAGCUCCUAGCUGUGCAAGAACUACUUGACAGAGAGGCUCUGGAAAAGUUUUGUGCGGAGCUGAACCAGCCGGUCCUGCCCAACAUCCGCAAGUGGAAGGGUCCCCGGGGAUGCUGGCGGUCCCUGGUCUCCGAGAAGCCCUCAAGUCAGCUUCAGAAGGGCACUGGAUACGCGGGAUUCCUGUGGGACACAGCAGCUGGUGUGGAGCUGCGAGAUGCUCCUGGGCAGGAGAACUCACCCAGCAAUGGACACGGGAGACCCCUGGCGCCUAUCCCGCACCUUGCCAAGUUCAAGGUGGGAAGUAACGAAGUGACCCUCGUGAACCUUCACCUGGCCGCCCUGAGCCUCCCGGCAACAGAGAAUCCCGGCAAGAAUCCCAGUGACGGCCACCGGCUGGCGAGCUUAACGCAGACCCUGCAGGGAACCCUGAAAGGAGAAAAAGAUGUCAUCAUAUUAGGGGAUUUUGGCCAAGGGCCAGAUAGCAAUGACUACGAUAUCCUGAGGAGAGAGAAAUUCUACCACCUCGUCCCUGCACACACCUUCACCAACAUCAGCACCAGGAACCCCCAAGGCUCCAAGUCCCUGGACAACAUCUGGAUCAGCAAAAGCCUAAAGAAGGUGUUCACAGGUCACUGGGCCGUGGUGAGAGAAGGACUCACGAACCCAUGGAUCCCAGAUAACUGGUCCUGGGGUGGAGUGGCUUCUGAGCACUGCCCUGUGCUGGCUGAGUUCUACAUAGAGAAGGACUGGGGCAAGAAGGACGGGCCUCGGGACAGCGGCGGGGUCACCCUGGAGCGUAGCGAAGCCAACAUCAAGCAGGAGCGAUGAUGACAGCCAAGUGGAUUUCUCCCCUGUGGACUGGGAGGGCACAGCAGGGUGGGAGCCCCUUGCACCUCCUCCGGGGAUGUCCACACCCCACCCCUGGGGGGAUGGCGGCGCUUGAGGACCUCUCCAGAGCGGGCCAUGGCAGUCACAUCAGAAACCCGGGAGGACGUGCCACACCAAGCUCAGCAGAAGGAACCUGGCCAUCACCAGGCUGGUGACCGGGGGCACGACAGAGGGACAGCAGCUGAGUAGAGAGGAGGAGGAGAGAUGGGCUCCUGGCCACCAGCUCCCGGCAUUGCCGGCCCACCAGUAUGCAAUGUUGCUCUGGCUGCAGACUACGGAAUGCUUUUAACUGUGAUUAACUCUUCUCAAGGAUUUUGAGUGAUGAUUUUUAGUUUUGUUUUGAAAAAAUAAACAGAUGAACCUGCCUGCCUG